AUGUCGUUCGAGUCGAACGGCAGUCAGUCGUCUCAGUCGCAGCCCAUCCCUCAUUUCGUCUGGGACGACGCCGACCGGGAAGUCUCUGACGAAUGGCUGGAGCCCGUCAGGACAGCCUUGCUUGAUCCCAAGAAGCACAAGGUGUUCCACCACUGCAGCAAGGAAUACCUCAAGCCUCCCAGCCCCUUUGUGCAACAGGGCCCAGAACUCGGCGAGUCGGGAUCGACCAUCGUAUACAGAGUCACACCCCCGGAGGGCCACCCCUAUCGGCGCCCGCUGGCGCUCAAGGUCAUUGUCUGCAAGGAGAAGACGCGGCCACCGGGACCAGACAGCAAGGCACGCAGUAACGCGCUGAAGGAGGUUAAGACCAUGUCUUCGCUCAGGCACCCGCACAUUGUCGUAUACGUGGCGUCCUUUGAAGACUACUGCAUCCAGACCCGGGAGAUUGGACGCCGGCCCAGAGGCAGAGACAGCACCACCCUGUUCAGGGUCAACCAGCGGAUCAAGAAGCACAUACUCGGCAUCGCCAUGUACCCGCCUGCCGUGUGCAACCUGCACACCCUCAUGGACGAAGUCUUUCAAAACCCCAGGGGGUCAGACUGGAUCAUCCGCCAUCUUCACACGUACUUUGGCUGUCUCGCACAGGCGGUAGCGUACCUCCACCGCAAAAGCGUGCAGAUCCGCCACAAGGACAUUAAGCCAGACAACAUCGUCAUCGACGACUUCGGCCUGCCGGUGUUGACCGACUUCGGCCUGUCCAAACACUUCGAGACCGGUCAAGACUCGGUGGGGCCCACACCCAAAACCCUCAAGUACGCCGACCCGGAAGCGAUGCACGAGGAACGCCGAGACGAGCGCUCCGACAUCUUCUCGCUUGGCUGUGUCUUCCUCGAAAUGGCCACGGUGCUCCUCGGCCAGCCGCCCAGGUUCGCCGAAGACCAGCUGUCCGCCAAUCGCAACGGCGACGGGCACUCCGUAUCCUCGUCGGGCUCCGGCGGGGGAUCGGAAGCAGACUUCAACUACUCCGAAUCCCUGCACAACCUCGACGCCUACCUCACCACCCUCUCCCGCCUGUCGCGGAACGUCAUCGCAUCCGAACCCGCCCGCGAGCCCUCCAUCCACGCCGUGCUCGCCAUCUUACCGCACAUCCGCCGCAUGAUGUCCGAGACGCAGGCGAGCCGGCCCCGGGCCCACGAGCUCUACCCCUGGUUCCGGCACCUGUACGACGUCUAUGACACACCAGGGCCCUGUGCCAACUGCGAGGAGGAGAGGCGCUCAGGGAGGGCCAUAGCAAGCAGCCGCCGGAGGAGUUGAAGCCGCAGCCCGACAUUGAACCGGAGAGGGACCGUCGCUAGCGGGUCGCAGCCGCUGAUGAGGAGGAGGAUGGGGGGGUCAAUGAUCACUGUGAGCGUUGCCAUCCCCACCUCCCAACCUCGGCAGGGCCCGUACGGAGGCGAGCUACGGGGUUGCACGCGGAUGAGGGACUGGAUUCAGAUUAACAUGCGAGGCUAGGAGGGAUUUUUGUCUGUCUGAGUUUUAUAUGGGUGCAUGGGUCCGGCUGUUAACUUAGAGGAGCGAUACGGCGCUGAGUCUGGUUUCAGGAGUUGUUGUUUGGUGCUGCACUUGAUUUUCAUUGUUAUCCAUGGCCUGGCUGCCCUCUCUCUUUUUCACCUAUGACCGGGUGAGCAUUGUUCCGUUAUAUACCAUUGAGCGGCGAGCAAGCGAGCAUGCAUAUUGACGACGGCGAUAACGACGGCGACGACGACGACGACGACAAAGUUGAUUGGGGCGAUUGGAGCUUGGUUAGUUGGGCAUGUUAGAUGCUCGCGAAUUGCGCAUGAGAUAGGCUCUUGGGGAUGCAUCGAGGUCAAGAGAUACCACGGCUGAAGCGCGUAUCAGUUAUCAGAAGCUUGCGAGCGGCUGCAAGCAAGCUAAGUCCUGAUAACUUCCGAGCUUAAAGGCUAACUAGAAGAGAGAAAUUUCGGAUGGUCAC